AUGCACGAAGCAGACGGUUUGGGAGCUCAUCCUACAAAACGAGCGGUUAUCCAUUGUUACAACUGUAUGGUUAAUCCAGAUUUAAUGUCUAGUAAAGCUAAAUUUUGGGCUAGUAUUCCAGUUAGUCCGUGGAUUUUAGAAGUAGUAGAAAGAGGUUUUGAGAUUAUAUUAAUUGAGAAUUUCAAAUUACCACAUCCUCUGAGGAUAAGAAGAAUGUCAAACAGAUUGUUAGAUUUCGUUCAUGAAGAAGUGGGGAAAUUAUUGGAAGCAGGAGUAGUGGUGGAAACAAUCAAUCCGAUAGUAUGUAGUCCACUUCAAGUAGCGGAUAAUGGGAAGAAGUUAAGAUUGAUUCUAGACUUAUCAGCGCUAAAAAAGGGAAUUGAGACACCUAGGUUUCGAUUAGAAGACUGGAGAGCGGUAUGGCCAUUCCUAGAAAAAGCGAAUUAUGCUGCGACUUUCGAUUUUAAGAGUGGGUAUCAUCACAUCAAAAUCGCCGAUCCCUCUUCUGACCUUUUAGCUUUUUCACUAGAGGAGCUGGCGGCAGCAGGUGUAACAGUAGCAGAAGAAAAAUCGUUCUGGUCACCGAGUGAACAGUUUACUUGGUUAGGUAUUAAAUGUGACCUGGUCACUAAGUCAAUCAGAUUGACAGAAUCUAGAGAAGUUUCCCUGGGAAAUCAGUUAGCUACGAUGAAAAAGAGCAAAGCGCCAACGAUCCUGGAUCGUCAAAAGUUAAGCGGUUUCAUUUCUUCAAUGUCUAUUGUUGAAAAAUGUGAGUCAGUGCAGCGGCAACGACAUCUGGCGGCCACAGUGGCGAGGGUGACUUCCGACAAUCCAAAAAAGCAACACCUUCAAGUGUCAAUGUCUCAGAGUGAGUUCUUUGAAGUUGAAUUCUGGGAGAGAAAGCUAAAGAAUGGAGACUUAGUGAGAAGUAUAAACGAAGAACAAUUCGAUCCUACUUGGUACCUAUACACUGAUGCUUCAGCAGAAGGAAUGGGAGCAGUUCUUAAAAAUAGCAGAAAAGAGACAGUAUGGCAAGCGUCAAAGAUAGGUGAUGUGAGUUUCCGAAAGGAAUCUAGCGCUUUGAGAGAACUGAGGGCGGUGGAGUUCGCGACAAGAACAAUGAGAGAGCAGAUAAGAGGCGCGAUUUCUAUACACUCGGAUAGUCAGGCGGCAGUGUCAGUACUGAAGAAAGGUUCGAUGAAACUAGAGUUGCAUAAGGUAGCGGAGAGAGUAUGGGACAGUGUAGAGCAAAUUAGGCCGGCAAGGUUCUUGUGGAUUCCCCGCGAGGAAAACACAGAAGCUGAUGCAACAAGCAGAGAGUUUGAUACAGAUGACUGGGGAGUACAAGACUGGGCGUUUGAAUGGGCCCAGAAGAGAUGGAGUCGAGUAAAAUGCGAUCUGUUCGCUUCAGAGAGAAAUGCUAAACACAGUGUUUACUUUUCCAGAUAUCCCGAGCCCACCUCCAGCGGAACCGACGCCUUUGACCAUUUCACGUGUGCAGCAAAUGGUUAA